AUGGGCAACGCUUCAAGCACAGUGCUGGACGAUAUCGUCCAGGGGUCGAACUUCGAUAGGGAAGAAGUCGACCGGCUAAGGAAGAGGUUUAUGAAAUUGGACAAGGACAACUCCGGCACCAUCGAGCGUGACGAGUUCCUAAGCCUGCCUCAAAUAUCGUCGAACCCGCUUGCCACCCGGAUGAUUGCCAUCUUUGACGAGGAUGGCGGGGGCGACGUCGAUUUCCAGGAGUUUGUCUCUGGGCUGAGCGCCUUCUCGAGCAAGGGAAACAAGGAGCAGAAGUUGCGAUUCGCCUUCAAAGUCUAUGACAUUGACCGCGACGGGUACAUCAGCAAUGGCGAGCUCUUCAUCGUGCUGAAGAUGAUGGUUGGCAACAAUCUCAAGGACCAGCAACUGCAGCAGAUCGUCGACAAGACAAUCAUGGAGGCGGACCUGGACAAGGACGGCAAGAUCAGCUUUGAAGAGUUCACCAGGAUGGUGGAGAAUACGGAUGUGAGCAUGAGCAUGACGCUAGGUGAGUGUUUGGUACAAUUUGCUCCCGCGUCCGCGGACCCAAUAUCGGCUUUCUUUUCUGACUGGUUUGGCUCUGGUUUGCAGAUCAGUUCUAGGCCACCCACCAGGGAUCGCGGAGAUCCCGCGCAUGAAGUUUGGUACGAAGAUGACGGGAUCUCUUUCCAUUUUUCCUCUAGUUGA